AUGCGCCUCCGCCCGCCCGCAGCCGCCGCCGGCAGCUCCCGGGCGCCGCGGGCAGCGUCCUCCGCCCCCGGAGCGGCGCCCGCGCCCGGGCAGCCUGGACCUUCGCGCCCUGCCCGCGGGGCCUCGCGCGGGGGGCGCCCCGGGACACCCCCUGCGGGCAGGGUGGAGGAGGAAGAGGAGGAGGAGGAGGAGGAAGACGCGGGCCAGGUCCCCUGUCCUGCCCGGAGCACCUGGCUGCGCGGCCGCCGCCGCCACCACUCCGUUCGGGGCAGGAGGAGAGGAGCGCCCCGGAGAGCCAUGGGGGGCUGCGAAGUCCCAGAAUUUCUCCUGCAAUUAGGCUUCUUCUUGCCUCUGCUGACCGUGUGGCCGGGAGACUGCAGUCACGUCUCUAGCAACCAAGUUGUGUUGCUUGAUACAACAACUGUGCUGGGAGAGCUAGGAUGGAAAACAUAUCCAUUAAAUGGGUGGGAUGCCAUUACUGAAAUGGAUGAACAUAACAGGCCCAUUCACACAUACCAGGUAUGCAAUGUAAUGGAACCAAAUCAAAACAAUUGGCUUCGUACAAACUGGAUCUCCCGAGAUGCAGCUCAGAAAAUUUAUGUGGAAAUGAAGUUCACACUGAGGGAUUGUAACAGCAUCCCAUGGGUUGUGGGGACUUGCAAAGAAACAUUUAAUCUGUAUUAUGUGGAAUCAGAUGAGUCCCAUGGAAUUAAAUUCAAGCCAAGCCAGUAUACAAAGAUCGAUACAAUUGCUGCUGAUGAAAGCUUUACCCAGAUGGAUUUGGGUGAUCGCAUCCUCAAGCUCAACACUGAAAUCCGUGAGGUGGGGCCUAUCGAAAGGAAAGGAUUUUAUCUGGCUUUUCAAGACAUUGGGGCCUGCAUUGCCCUGGUAUCAGUCCGUGUGUUCUACAAAAAGUGUCCCUUCACUGUGCGUAACUUGGCCAUGUUUCCUGACACCAUCCCAAGGGUUGACUCUUCCUCUUUGGUGGAAGUAAGGGGUGCUUGUGUGAAGAGUGCAGAAGAGCGAGACACUCCUAAACUAUAUUGUGGAGCUGAUGGAGAUUGGCUGGUUCCUCUUGGAAGGUGCAUCUGCAGUACAGGAUAUGAAGAGAUUGAGGGUUCUUGCCAUGCUUGCAGACCGGGAUUCUAUAAAGCAUUUGCUGGGAACACAAAAUGUUCUAAAUGCCCUCCACACAGCUUAACCUACAUGGAAGCAACUUCUGUCUGUCAGUGUGAAAAGGGUUACUUCCGAGCUGAAAAAGACCCACCUUCAAUGGCAUGUACCAGGCCACCUUCAGCUCCUAGGAAUGUGGUUUUUAACAUCAAUGAAACAGCCCUUAUUUUGGAAUGGAGCCCACCAAGUGACACAGGAGGGAGAAAAGAUCUCACAUACAGUGUAAUCUGUAAGAAAUGUGGCUUAGACACCAGCCAGUGUGAGGACUGUGGUGGAGGACUCCGCUUCAUCCCAAGACAUACUGGCCUGACCAACAGUUCCGUGAUAGUUCUUGACUUUGUUUCUCACGUGAACUAUACCUUUGAAAUAGAAGCCAUGAAUGGAGUUUCUGAGUUGAGUUUUUCUCCCAAGCCCUUCACAGCCAUUACAGUGACCACAGAUCAAGACGCGCCUUCCCUGAUAGGUAUGGUAAGGAAGGACUGGGCAUCCCAAAAUAGCAUUGCCCUGUCGUGGCAAGCACCUGCUUUUCCCAAUGGAGCCAUACUGGACUACGAGAUCAAGUACUAUGAGAAAGAGCAUGAGCAGCUCACCUAUUCCUCCACAAGGUCCAAGGCCCCCAGUGUCAUCAUCACAGGUCUCAAGCCAGCCACCAAGUACAUAUUUCAUAUUCGAGUGAGGACUACCACAGGAUACAGUGGCUACAGUCAGAAGUUUGAAUUUGAAACAGGAGAUGAAACUUCUGACAUGGCGGCGGAGCAGGGGCAGAUUCUGGUGAUAGCCACGGCGGCUGUUGGGGGAUUUACUCUCCUUGUCAUUCUUACUUUGUUCUUCUUAAUCACCGGCAGGUGCCAAUGGUACAUAAAGGCAAAAAUGAAGUCAGAGGAGAAGAGAAGAAACCACUUACAGAAUGGGGACCUACGCUUUCCAGGAAUUAAAACUUACAUAGAUCCAGAUACCUACGAAGACCCAUCCCUAGCAGUCCAUGAAUUUGCAAAGGAGAUUGAUCCCUCAAGAAUUCGCAUUGAGAGAGUCAUUGGGGCAGGAGAAUUUGGAGAAGUCUGUAGUGGGCGUUUGAAGACACCAGGAAAAAGGGAGAUCCCAGUUGCCAUAAAAACUUUGAAAGGUGGCCACAUGGAUCGGCAAAGAAGAGAUUUUCUAAGAGAAGCUAGUAUCAUGGGUCAGUUUGACCAUCCAAAUAUCAUCCGACUAGAAGGUGUUGUCACAAAAAGGUCCUUCCCGGACUUUGGGAUGGAGACGUUUUGCCCCAGCUUCCUGAGGGCCGGGUUUCUGAGCAGCAUCCAGGCUCCCACGCCAGUGGCAGCGGGAGGGUCGCUGCCCCCCAGGCUCCCGGCUGGCCGGCCAGUUAUGAUUGUGGUGGAAUAUAUGGAGAACGGAUCCCUAGACUCCUUUUUGCGGAAGCAUGAUGGCCAUUUCACAGUCAUCCAGUUGGUGGGCAUGCUUCGAGGCAUUGCAUCAGGAAUGAAGUAUCUUUCUGACAUGGGUUAUGUUCAUCGGGACCUAGCCGCUAGGAAUAUAUUGGUCAACAGCAACUUAGUAUGCAAAGUCUCUGAUUUUGGUCUCUCCCGGGUGCUGGAAGAUGAUCCGGAAGCUGCUUAUACAACAACUGGUGGGAAAAUCCCCAUCAGAUGGACAGCCCCAGAAGCUAUCGCCUACAGAAAAUUCUCCUCCGCGAGUGAUGCAUGGAGCUAUGGCAUCGUCAUGUGGGAGGUCAUGUCCUACGGAGAGAGACCGUACUGGGAGAUGUCUAACCAAGAUGUCAUUCUGUCCAUUGAAGAAGGUUACAGACUUCCCGCUCCCAUGGGCUGCCCAGCGUCUCUGCACCAGCUGAUGCUCCAUUGCUGGCAGAAGGAGAGAAAUCACAGACCAAAAUUUACUGACAUUGUCAGCUUCCUUGACAAACUGAUCCGCAAUCCCAGUGCCCUUCACACCCUGGUGGAAGACAUCCUUGUAAUGCCAGAGUCCCCUGGCGAAGUUCCUGAAUAUCCUCUGUUUGUCACAGUGGGUGACUGGCUGGAUUCUAUAAAAAUGGGACAAUAUAAGAAUAACUUCAUGGCUGCAGGGUUUACGACUUUUGACCUGAUUUCAAGAAUGAGCAUUGAUGACAUUAGAAGAAUUGGAGUCAUACUCAUUGGACACCAGAGACGAAUAGUCAGCAGCAUACAGACGUUACGUUUGCACAUGAUGCACAUACAGGAGAAAGGGUUUCACGUGUGA